AUGGCGGCGCGGGGCCAUGUGCAGGACCCCAACGACCGCCGCCUGCGGCCCAUCUACGAUUAUCUCGAUAAUGGCAAUAAUAAAAUGGCAAUCCAGCAAGCAGAUAAACUGCUCAAAAAGCACAAGGACCUUCACUGUGCUAAGGUGCUGAAGGCCAUUGGCUUGCAGAGGACUGGCAAGCAGGAUGAAGCCUAUGCCCUGGCACAAGAAGUAGCAGCACUUGAACCCACAGAUGAUAAUUCCUUGCAAGCACUGACCAUUCUCUACCGGGAAAUGCACAGACCUGAGCUGGUGACUAAACUUUAUGAGGCAGCUGUGAAGAAGGUCCCCAACAGUGAAGAGUAUCACUCCCACCUCUUCAUGGCCUAUGCCAGGGUUGGAGAAUACAAGAAGAUGCAACAGGCUGGAAUGGCACUUUAUAAGAUUGUUCCUAAAAAUCCAUAUUAUUUUUGGUCCGUGAUGAGCCUGAUCAUGCAGUCUAUCUCAGCACAGGAUGAAAACCUCUCCAAGACCAUGUUUUUGCCACUUGCUGAGAGAAUGGUGGAAAAAAUGGUGAAAGAGGACAAGAUUGAAGCUGAGGCUGAAGUGGAACUAUAUUACAUGAUCCUGGAACGUUUGGAGAAGUACAAGGAAGCCUUGGAUGUUGUGAGGGGGAAACUUGGAGAGAAGCUGACGAGUGAGCUGCAGAGCCGGGAGAACAAGUGCAUGGCCAUGUACAAGAAGCUGCACAGGUGGCCCGAGUGCAACGCGCUGGCCAGGAGGCUGCUGCUCAAAAACUCAGAUGAUUGGCAGUUUUAUAUAACUUACUUUGAUUCAGUAUUUCAACUCAUUGAUGAAUCCUGGAUGCCUCCAGCAGAGGAAGAGCACUCUCUGGAAGGGGAGGUGCACUGCUCCAUCGAGCAGGCUGUGAACUUCAUCGAGGAGAGGAUAGCAGAGGAGUCCAAGAGCUCCCGGCCACUCCGGGGACCGUAUUUGGCCAAGCUGGAGCUGAUCAGGCGCCUGCGACACAGGGGCUGCAAUGAUGAGUACAAACUGGGUGAUCCAGAAGAACUAAUGUUCCAGUACUUCAAAAAAUUUGGGGAUAAGCCCUGCUGUUUUACUGAUCUCAAGGUGUUUGUGGAUCUCCUUCCACCCAGCCAGUACACAAAGUUCAUCCGGCAGCUGCUGGACGUGAUCCCGCUGGCGGCGGCGGCGGCCGAGAACGAGGUGGCUUUGCCAGGUGACAUCAAGGCCCUGCAGCAGCACUUGUGUGUGGUGCAGCUCUCCAGGCUGCUGGGGAUCUACCACGCCAUGGAGAAGAAGCAGAAGCUGGCGGUGGUGCAGGAGCUGAUGCUGAGAUACCAUCACGGGUUGGAGUUUGGAAAAUCUUGUUUGAAAACUGAAUUGCAGUUUUCAGAUUAUUACUGCCUGCUUGCAGUUCACCUGCUGCUUGAUCUGUGGCUGGAAGGUGAAGAGGCAGCCGUGUGGCAGUGCCUGACUCUCUUGGAGGAGGGGUUGUCUCACAGUCCCUCCAAUGCUCAGUUUAAGCUGCUGCUCAUCCGGAUCUACUGCCGGCUCGGCGCCUUCGAGCCAGUGUCGGAGCUCUACUCCAGCCUCGAUGCCAAGCACAUCCAGCACGACACCAUCGGUUAUCUCCUGACACGCUACGCCGGCUCCCUGGGCCACUACGCUGCUGCUUCCCAAUCCUGCAACUUUGCACUCAGGUUUUUCCACUCCAACCAGAAAGAUACCUCAGAAUACAUCAUCCAAGCCUACAAGUACGGGGCGUUCGAGAAGAUCCCGGAGUUCAUCGCGUUCAGGAACAGGCUGAACUCUUCCCUUCACUUCGCGCAGGUUCGCACCGAGCGGAUGUUGUUGGACCUCUUACUUGAAGCAAAUAUAUCAACCAGUUUAGAAGAAAGUAUAAAAUCCAUGAGUCUGAACCCAGAGGAAGAUGACAUUCCAUGGAAAGACCUGCGUGACAACAGAGACCUGACAGUCUUGUUUAGCUGGGAUCCAAAAGACAGGGACAUUUCUGAGGAACAUCGGAAGCUCUCCCUGGAGGAGGAGACCCUGUGGUUGCGAAUCCGGUCUUUAACGUUGAGGCUGGUGAGCGGACUCCCAACUCUUGGUCACACCAUCCAACCAAAGAACUCUGAAAAGACUGCAGAGAACGGUGUCUCAUCCAAGAUUGACACCAUCAGAGCCCUGCUGCAGCAGCUGGAAGCGGCAGUGGAUUCAGGGAAGAAGUUUCUAGAACAAAAAAUCCAGUAUCCUGUCCUUGGCCCUCCUCCUACCCGAAUGGCUGGCUUCUUCAGCAAUGGCAGCUGUCAGUGCCAGACUAGCUUGUUUUAUCUUGUUAGUGAUAUUUAUGAACUAGAUACCAAUGGCUUAGAAGAUUCAGCAGAAAUCCAGGAAAGAAUAGGGAAUAGUUUCAAGUCUUUAGUAGAACGACUGACAGAUUUGUUCAAUAAAUGUAAAGGUGAUUUGAUUGAAGUCAGAGAUGGCACCUUGAAAACUCAUCCAAACCUGUUAGAAAACUUAGUCUUCUUUGUUGAGACGAUCUCCAUUGCCCUGUGGGUAUCGAGUUACUGUGACAGCGUCCUCCGACCUUUUAAAUCCAACCUGCAAAAAAAGAAGAAGAAAAAAAAAGAAAGCAGUGUAGCAAUGCCACCUGUAUUUACCCAUUUCCUGGAUUAUGUAACUGAACUCCAGACAUUAACUUCCAAUGUAAUAGAUCAUAUCAAAGGGCUUGAAAUCAUUCUUACUGCACUAAAACUUGAAGAGCUGUCCCUCAAGGACACUCUGCUUUUACAGGAAGAAAAAAAGUUUACAAAGACUGUGCAAGGGAAGGUUCAGAGCAGUUACCAUCACUCAGUUCAGGAAAUUGGAGAGCUGCUGAAAAAGAGACUCGAUACCAUUAAAAAACUAAAGAUUUGAGCAAUGCAUCCCUGACAGGCUCCACAGGGGAGUGACACCAGAGUCCCAGACAGAAGCAACAUCCACUCUGCCAUCACUUUAAUCCAGAACUUCCUCAUAAUGCAUGAAGGACUUAAAAUCAUGAAACAAUUUUUUUAGGUAUUACAGAUGUAUUGAGCUGAUUUAAAUUAUUGUACAUAAAAGAAGCAGGGACCCUUCCUGGGGUUUGACCACUUUUUUAUACAUGUUCAUAAGCAUAUUGCAACAGGAGAAAAUUCACUUUCUUCCCUUUAGAUCUCUAGAACCAACUGGAGAUGGUCUUUAGAAGCAGCAAUAGCAAUCCAGUGUAAAGCAUCUAUCUCCAAGGAUAUUUUCAUCACCAUACAGUGUUCAUAAUUUUUGUAUGGUCCUUGCCUUAGAAAUGCAGGAACUGUAGAUGUCCACGUUCAGCCACCUCUGAUGAACUGAGCCUGGCUUGGAGCUGCCUGUUUUGUCUGCAAACCACCUGGUCCUGCUGACAGAAUUUCCUGUGUUGGUCCAUCAGGUAGAGGUGAGGCCUCUGUGGUGGGCUGGGAAUCAUCCCGAGCUGGGACAGGAUCCUCCAGGAGAGAGCUGGAGGGAGGAGGUGUCUGUGCACAACUUGGGAAAACUGCAAAUGUGAUGAGGAGCAAACUUCAGAGAGAGAGAUGGGAAUGGGUGUUUCAGCAAAAAAAAAAAAAAAAAAAAAAAAAAAAGACGAGAGACCUUGUAAAUAAUGGCUGCAGUGAAGUGUGACACUGCGCUGGUAUCAUGUCAGUUUAAUGUCAAACAGCAACGUCAUGACUUAAAAAAAGCGUACUUAGAUUACUGAAACUUUAAGACUUCAAUAUUUUAAUAGAAAUGGAAUCCUAUUGGCUUUGGUUUUAAGUUGGCAGAGGUAACUUUUGCUUCUGCUGCAAUCUGAGGCUGAGAUCCUUUUUGUACCUGUGUGCUUGCUUUUUGCAGUUGAACUUUGAUUAUCCAAGCACUGCCUCAUGAAGCUUUCUGUUAGAAAGCUUGACCAUUUCAUCUGCUCCCACAGAAUCUGCAUUUUUGCUGGGUUUUUUUUCAUGUUCAAAGAGCAAUGCAGCCUAAAAUUGAUAGGCAAAAAAAAAAAAGUUCAUGUACCUGCAAUACAAGGGACAGGUCAGACCCAACAGAUUCCUCAUCCCCUGGUUUAGAGCUGCAGUAUCCAAGUCUAGAUUUAAAGUUUAAAGAGAGCUUGACUGCCUUUGUCAUCUCCUCUGUUUUGUUAGUAAUGCUAGAAUGUUGAUGAGAGUAUUUUUUUAAUAAAUCCCCUCUAUUAAAAAAAAAAAAUGUCCCAUAGCUGCUCUUGCUGGAUUUAGUUUGGUUUUGCCCCAUCCUGAA